GCUCGGAAAUCCUGAUCCCGAAGAAGGUACGAAUUGUCCGUGCAUAAUUCUGGUGUAGGCGGGAGAAAGCGGACUGGCGGCCAAAAUCGUCCCGGGCUGUGAAAGUUUGUGAAAAUCGUUCCGUUCCGUUGUGAGGUUCACGUACUCCGGCGAACUGACCGACAUCGUUCUACCACACCGUCUGUCCUCGUGCUCGUCCUGUGUUCGUCAUGAAAUCGUAUGAUAAUGUAUCGGCCGCAGUGACCACUAGUGUCGCCGUACCACGGCACAUCGUUACCGAAUGGGAGGAUAAUGUUGUGUUCGAUGCAGACGAUCCGGACUUUUGCAGCACAACCGGCGUUACCCGUUCAAUUGGUGGUGGGCCAGCGUCGAUCAUGAAGCUAGCUGCGGCCACGGCGGUACAACCUCCUUCCCCGUCGGUCUUACCACGAUCGGUCACGAGCUACUACGGUCUCAACUCGGCCACAGUGGUUUCGAAUUUCAAUCAUCUAAUGAAGGUGUCUUCAAGUGCGAAGUUAUCAGCCUUCAGCAACAGCAUGUCGGUUGCCAGUGUACAAGCCCCCCAUCUGGCCGAUUUGUGCAGCUCGUUGAGCAGAACUAGCCUCAGUAUGUCCUCGUCACUGUCCGAUCUAGUCGGCAGUCCGUCGCUUGGUGCCGUGUUCGAUUUCCACUCGUCCGAUGCCGUACUGACGAUCGAGGAGCUACGGGAACAGCUUGGUUCCUGCUAUACGUGUGGCGUGUCCUGGACCGAGGACCAAGUCUCGCUCGAUUGCACCGAGUGCGGCGGUUACAGCCUCGAGCGGCCCUGCCUUAUCUGCGAGGGUAUCUGUGGUCAGCUGUGGAAGCGUGAUUUCACUAUGAGUCACGCCUGUGGGAAGUCACGCUGGCAGGGCGUGUGCAGUAAGUUCCCGACCCAGAUGAUUCAGCUACAAUCGUCUGCACCGCUCAGCAGCUGCGCAAGCUUCGGUAGCCACCAUCAGCUGACGGCCGCUGUGACGGCAUCGGCUAAUGCCGGCAGCAAUGUAGCCCCAACGGCAGCCGCAACCUGCCACUCAUCGGCCGCUGCUGCCGCCGCUGCGAAUGUCGCCAGCCAACAGCACUUCCUGCAGCAGGAACUGUGUGCCCGGCUCGAGAAGUUGUCCGCCAAUGCGCACUCGUAAUCGGCACGGCAUCAAUCGUUAGCCGUGCUGCUGCUAGCAGCAAGCACAUCGCACCUCUACCAUCGAAUGGGUUGCCCAUUCGUUUCCCUCUUGUUUCGGAAGCUUUUGCUGCGAGUACAGCAUUUAGUGCCUCGUCCUUGGCUUUCUGUUCCAUCGGGCCACCGGCCAUUCGUUCGUAUCGCUGGCUCGGGCUAGCACAAGUUCCUACUUCGUUUACUGAUUAGGGGUGGCGUGUGCGAUGCAAAUGCGAGACGCUGACGAGAGGGUUUUUUUUUUUAUUUUUGUUACAAAUUCACGCGCCACGUAUGCAAGGUGCGUGCAAAAAUUCGCCCAAAACGGGAACAACAUCGGAGAUACAAACUCUCGUCGGUCAGCAGCAAACGCAUUUUGCGCGUAUAAGUUUGCGUUCCACGAACAGAGUAGGGAUUACCGAGGGAGAAGUAGAAGAAACAUACCGGAGAGAGGCUUUGUACUUGCAAUUAACAACAUCCUUCGUGGUGAUGCUCGCGAUGUAGAAGUCAUAGGGCAUGAUGAUGGAUUCGCAUUAGGAUUAAGCGGUAACAACCUCGUCGUCAGCAAAGGGACAGGUUAGCGAGGCAGCUAGGUCUCCGGUUAGCAGUGUUAGCAGCGAGCGCGUCACCUCCAUCAUAUUUUUUGUUUGUUGCCAAAAGCCAACCUUUCUUGAAAGACCAAAACACAGAAAACUCUAGUAAAUGAUGUGAUAGCGUUCGCUCGCAACGACUAGCCGCGGAUAGUGGAAGAAAAUGUUUUUCUGUGAAAAACAUUAAAUUUAUAACAUGUUUAGCUUGUAAUUUAAUCAGUAAGUGAUUGCGGUAGCCAAGCGAUGUAAAAGCAAAGGGCGGUUGAGGAGAGCUAGCUGGAAAAGCUCUCCUUUUGUUACGCCUUUCGUCUGUAUCCUUAAUUGUUAAACGCUUAUCGGACGUACCAUAGACAGGAUUUGCGAGAAACCUUCCCUUCAUCCUCAAAAUGCUUCCCUGCUGCAGCAAUUGGCGGGGAAAACGAUCGGCAAAGGUCGCAUUCUCUAGCUCAACUUGAUAUUAUUACCCAUUCAACCAGGCUUUCCCGUAUGAAGCACGUUUAAAUUGGUGAUACGUAUGCGUGUUUUUUUGGAUAGCAAAAGUAGGAAUAAUCAAUUAAUUUUCGUUUAAUCGUCCGUCGGCUUUCUCCUAGCGACGUAGAGGGAAAUUUUAAGAUUUACCAUACGUCCUGAGGGUGAGCCGAUGCAUUACCAUGUGUAGCUUAACUAGGUUUAAGAUAAUCGAAUGAAAAAAUAAAAGAGAACGCAGAGAGAAGAUUUAUUACAAAAAAAACAACUUGUAUCGAUAACUCUUGAAUGUUUGUUUUACGAAAUGCAAGCAC